CGGGCCUGUUUUCUUGCACCAUGGAAGAGCUUCUCGGGCCGCAGCAACAGCAGGAGCAAACUCUCCCCGUGGCCGUGGAAGAUGAGGACUUCGACUGGGACUCACUACACAGGGAAUCAGAAGUGCACCUGCUGCUCAAGCCUUGGGAUGAUGAUGAUGGCUGGGAAUCAGCGGCACAAGAGGAGCAAACUCCCCCGAUCGAGGCGGAGAAGAACAACAUCCAACAGGUCGACACACACCAGCCUGCGCCAUCAGCUAGCUGGGAGCUUCCAGAGGACCUGCGAAACCUCUUGGCUGAUCACAACGACCAAGAAGCACUUCUCUACAUGGGGUGCAGCUACAACACCGUAGCGGCGGCCUGCCUUCACGCUCCAUCGCUUCAGGGAUUCUUCUCGUUUGGAGCUGUCAAUUAGAUCCGAAUUUCUUAGCAAAGUGUAAUGUGUUCAGGGAUUCUUCUCGUUUGGAGCUGUCAAUUAGAUCCGAAUUCUAAGCGAAGUGUAAUGUGUUCGAUCUUAGUACAUUAACUUGUCUUGUAUGGUCGUCACAUACAGCUGUAGUUCGCCCAUUCAAACUAAAUUGUUGAUGUUGUUCUCUUA